AUGGAUCGAAGACUUCAACAGGCUGCUGAAUCAGGUAGCAUCAGUGACUUUUAUGCUUUGAUCGAUGAGAAUCCGUACAUACUUGAGAACAUCGAUGCCAUACCAUUUGUGAACACUCCCCUUCACAUAGCUGCAUCUUCUGGUAAAAUUGCGUUUGCCGUAGAGAUGCUGAAUCUUAAGCCUUCUUUUGCCAAAAAAAUUAAUACAAACGGGCACAGUCCAUUGCACCUUGCUGUGGAGAAUGAUCAUCAAGAGUUCGUGACCUGGCUGCUCAGGCUUGAUCCCACCCUUGCUGGCGUUAAAGGUAGAGAAGGCAUCACGCUGUUUCAUCUCCUAGUGUUAAGAGGGAACGUAGAUCUUGUGGUACAGUGCCUCUUAACUUCCCCUGAAUGUAUUCAAGAUGUGAGCGUGAAUGGCCAAAAUGCUUUGCAUCUUGCUGUGAUGAAUGAAAGAUUUGAAGUUCUGCAGGUUCUCACCGGAUGGAUCCAGAGAAUGAGUCAGAAAAAUGCUCGAUCUAUUGAGUAUUCUGUUCUGAAUAAGAUGGAUUUAACUCGCAACACGCCUUUGCACCUUGCAGCAUAUAAGAAUGAUCAUCAGAUGGUGAGACUGUUACUAGAAUGUCGAAUGGUUCAACGGAACGAAAUAAAUGGUGAAGGUUUAACAUUCCUUGAUAUCUUAAGAACAGAGGGACAACUUGAUGAAGGUGGAGAGUUGGAACAAGCUGCUCUAAAAACCGGGUGCAAGGAAGCAGCUUCUCUGCCAAAACCGACGAAAACGUAUGAUUUCUUCAAAUCACCAAUCACAUUUUGGGCUUACUGCUCCACGCAUACAAGACGCAUAAGUUCCGACACAUCAGACGAAGCUCGUGGAGUGUUCUUAAUCAUAUGCACUUUGCUAAUCACAGCCACUUACCAGACCUCCCUCCAGCCUCCAGGAGGUGUCAACCAAUCAGAGGGUCAUGCAGUGAUGAAACAGACAUUCUUCAUCGUCCUAUGGGUUUCCAACACUAUAGGCUUUUGUUGCGCUAUAUUCUACACCUAUUCUCUCUUACCAGCUAGAGGUUUGUUGACGCUGUGGUUUUUCUACAUAGGAGCGUCUCUGUGCGUUUCUUACGCGUUGGGAAUGGCUGUAAUCUCACCACAGCCUUUAGUUUUUCUUACCGCGUGCUUUGCCUUGUACCUGCUUUUUCCUCUGUAUGUUUUGAUGGAAGUUUUCCUAAGGCAAUGGCGGAGGCAUCAGACGGUAACACCUGAUCGCAAUUUGAGCUGGUUUUGGAAAGUUUGA